CUCAUGAUCAUGGGUUUUACUUUCUACCUCCUGACUCUGCUUUCUCUCCUCUGUCAGUCCACAGCUCAGUGGUGCUACCAGAGCCAGUACUCCUGUGAUGACACAUGCAGAGACCCCAUCCACUGGGCAGCUCAGUUUCCCAGCUGUGGGGGGUUACGUCAGUCACCAAUCAACAUCGUGACCAGUAAGGUGCACGUCAACAGCGCCUUGCCACCCUUCAACUUCAUUGGCCAUAGCGACGUAAUCAACAUCACAGUGGAAAACAAAGGGCACUCAGCUCACUUCCACCUGCCACAGUCGGUGCGGCUGACAGGAGGCGCUCUCCCAGGUCACUACCGAGCGGCCCAGUUUCACUUCCACUGGGGGGGGAAUGGCCGACCUGGAUCAGAGCACACCAUCGACGGAGAGAGAUUCCCCAUGGAGCUGCAUAUAGUCCACAUCAAGGAGCCGUACGGUUCUCUGGCCGAGGCAGAACACGACAUGGCGGGUAUCGCUCUGCUCGCCUUCCUGUUUGAGGAAACAGCAGACGACCAUCCUAGUUUGAACACGGUGAUAACUGCUCUGGGCCGAGUGCAACACAACGGCAGCAGCACAGUGAUUCCAAACUUUCGCCUCAGUGACAUUAUCCCGUCUGAGAAGGACCUGCACAGUUACUAUCGCUACGUGGGCUCCAUGACGACUCCAGGGUGCGAGCAGGCAGUUGCCUGGUCGGUGUUUCACAGGACCCUGUCCAUCAGCAGCCGUCAGCUGGAUGCAGUAGUUCAGCAGUGUCAGUUCUGGAACGGACAGCCCAUGACGGACAUCUUCAGACCCACGCAGCCUCUGGACGGCAGAGUCGUGUACCGCUCCAAGGCCGCCGCCGCCGCUCCGCCAAGCGCCUGGUUCUGUGUCCUCUCUGUUGUGCUCAUGACAGCGGGUCAGAUAGUCUGACUCAGCACAUUUAACACCUGAUGAUCUAAGCGGUAGAAGUUAGUGUGUGUGUAAAGGGAACAUUUUAUCUGUGUGUUAGUGUAACAGCAACCUGUCAGUGUCCAUGUUUAUUCAUCAAACUAAAGGAAUGCUGCUAAAUAUCUACACGCUACUAAAUUGUAAAUAAAGAUAGACGACAUUUUCCCACUUUCUCAAAUCCAGAAAUUAAGCCAAAAUAUCCAUGUUUUACGAACGCCACCAUCUUGUACUGGUGUUGUCAGUUGAAGCCAGAUCGCUCAGUAAUCAGGGGGCGGAGCCAUUGUACCAAGGUCCAGUGGAUGCUUGCACUCGACCAAUCAAGAGUCAGUCUCAGCUGUCAAUCAUGAUGUUUCUCCCUGUUUUUGCAGAAUCAAAUAACUAAUUUAAACCAAACUGUCUGUACCAGGUGUGACCCCCUCCACCUUUAUCUUUAACCCUCAACUUACUAAGUUCCAUUUACCAUCUUCUAACAUCCAGGCGCCCCCCCAUCAAGAUGCUUCGGCCUCACUUUUGUGGCGCCGUCAUGUCGUCCAUCUUUAUUUACAUUCCAUGUUUGCGGCAGCGACAGAAAUGAUUAGCUGACUGUGUAUGAAA